AACGGCUAUUUAUCGCCUUCCCUUUCCCCCAGCCCAGGAGAGCGCAAUUGGCCUUGAUCCGGCAGGGGGAGGAAGGGGACGGGCUCAGAGGCAGGACUACAAAUCCCAUGGUGCACCGCGGCGCCCGGCAGACGUGGACUGUACGGAAGCCGGGUGGAGAGGUCGCAUGGCGGGGCGGGGCUCAGCACCGGAGCAGCGGCGGACCGGACCGGAUCCUCAUGGCGGACCUGAUCCAGAAGAAGCUGCAGGGCGAGCUGGAGAAAUACCAGCAGCUGCAGAAAGAUCUCAGCAAGUCCAUGGCGGCGCGGCAGAAACUGGAGGCACAGUUGACUGAGAACAACAUUGUCAAGGAGGAGCUGGGGCUGCUGGAUGCGACCAACACCGUCUACAAGCUGAUUGGCCCGGUGUUGGUGAAACAGGACAUGGACGAGGCUAAAGCCACUGUCAGCAAGCGGCUGGACUAUAUUGCUGGGGAGAUCAAGCGCUACGAGCUGCAGAUGCAGGAGUCUGAGAAGAAGGCAGAACAGCAGCGGGAGGUGCUGGCCCGGCUGCAGCAGGAGUAUCAGCGAUCCCAGGGCAAGGGGGCGGCCAAGGCAUGAGACAAUGCUUGUGGGGGGCUGUAUUUAAGUGUUUCACUGUUUGAAAUAAAGAUGUGAUGCACAAACUGA